GCAUAGAAGACAUUCUAAAGAACAUCUGUGACACAACUAGGGAUUACAAUGAAUCUUAACUCUUAGUUCUGAAGGUCAAUUGUCAGAUGGUGUCAGGGAGAAAAGCUUCCUUCUCAUGAGAAUGUCCCUACAUUAUGAAUGAAACUGCAUUUCUAUGCAUUUGGGAGCAAUGCUAACUUUUCUCUAAAUAUUCAACGUUAAAAUAUUCAGACAAAGAAAUGGUGAAAUGAGUUCAAUGAUAGGGGUCAUACCUCUAAAGUUCCUAGAAAUUCCAUAACAAAGUCUAACACUAAACACUGAGCUAUUACCUCUAACUCUUAACACGUUCAAGAAGCUGCUCAGCUGAUUUCACAGAGGGUUGACAAGGGAGUACAACAGACACUUCAAAAGGCAAGAAGAGGAUGGCAGGAGCUCUUUUGCCAUGGCUGCCAGGCCCAUCUCCGAGCAGAACCAGGAUGCUACUGUGUACGUGGGGGGCCUGGAUGAGAAGGUCAACAGGAGAGGUGAAUCCAUUUACCUUCAUAACCGAGCCAACUGGGUGACCGUAGGCAUCUGUUCUUCCAGCUCCACCCACAAGAUCCCCAAUGUGAUGCUACUGGCACAUCUGACCCCUGGUGCCCAAAAAGAUACAGAACCCCUGUUUAAAAGUCUCCUGACAUCUCCUCCUGCAGAGAAAUUGGUGCUCACCAGGUUUCUCCCCCUGCAGUUUGUGACUCUGUCUGUGCAUGAUGCGGAGAACAUGCGCCUGAAAGUAAAGCUGGUGAGUGGUCGAGCCUACUACUUACAGCUCUGCACCUCUGCAUAUAAACAGGACACCUUGUUUUCUCAAUGGGUGGCCCUCAUCUCCCUCUUGAAUCAGGAGAAAGCCAAAGUUUCCAAAGUGUCAGAGUUUUCAAGUCUCUCAGGAAUUACGAAUAGCACAGACAUCACAGGCUCCACGGAUGUGAUGGAUAUCACAGCAUUCACAGCCAUCCUGACCCCGUACAGGUAUGCAGGUACAGGCCCUGAACAUGUCAGGGACAGCAUAGAUUUCUCAGAAUUCACAGACAUCACCGACAUCACAGAUGUCACAGAUCUUCCAGAAAAUGAGGUCCCAGAGGUCCCAGAUGUAAGAAUUGUCACAGAAGUCAUAGAAGUCAGAGAAGCCACAGAAGUCACAGACAGCUCUGAUAUUACAAACUGCCCGGGAGUCACAGUGGUGUUUGAAAACAGUGACUUAAUCAGGGCCAAGCAAGAGGAGAAGGAAAAAUUGAAAAACAUUCUGAAGCCUGGGUGUCUACAAGAUACAAGUAAGAGUGACUUGAAAGAAUCCUUAAAACAUGUCACCAUCUCAAACAUAACACUGACUUUUGAAGGUAAAAGAUAUUUUCAAACUACCUUGACUCCAGUAGAAAGUGAGGCAAAUACAUCCAAGGAGAAGGAGGAUAAGACCUCUAAAGAAAAGAUGCCUGAUUUUCAGAGCACAGCUCUCAAGGCUGAAGAAUCCAGGAGCUUGAGAACUGAAUCAAACACUUCAGGGAAUGAAUGUGAGGAAAGAAAAGUAAAACAGAAAAAGACAAAGUUGAUGGAAAAACAUGUAAGACAACCUAAAGUGGUUAAUUUCCAUCGACUGGAAGCCGGAGGACAAGAGAAUAUAGGUAAUGCAGUCUAUAGAGUCAGCCUUCUAGGACAUGGAGCAGACGGAGAAGGAUGAUGAGUGGAUGUGGGCAGAAAGAAAAAAAUCUAACAUAGAGUAAGUAGGAGGACGAAGGGUUCCAGAAACUAUUGACACACACACACACACACACACACACUUGAAACUGAUAGGUUACCUGAUUUGUUUGAAUGUAUACAUUUAAAAAUAUAUUGAUUCUUUUACCAAAGAAUGUGGGUAUUGUGAACCCAAAAUAUCUGACAGGUCUCAGUCAAUUUAGAAAGUUUAUUUUGCCAAGGCUAAGGACGUGGCUGUGACACAGCCUCAGGAGGUCCUGACGACAGGUGCCCAAGGUGAUCAGGGUACAGCUUUUUUUUUAAUACGUUUUAGGGAGACAUGAGACAUCAAUAUGUACAUUGGUUUGAUCCGGUAAGGCGGAACAACUUGAGGCGGGGGCUUUCAGUUGAUAAGAGUUAGCAGGGGUCAUAAGUAGGUAAGAGACAAAUGGUUGCAUUCCUUCGAGUCCUUGAUCAGUCUUUCACUGAAUACACGGUUUAGUCUGGCCCAGUAAAUCUGCAUUUUUACAUAAACCAUAGGGCAGAGGAAGCAAUCAGAUACGCAUUUGUCUCAGGUGAACCUCAGAGGGAUGACUGAGUUCUGUCUAUCCUUUAUCCACAAGGAAUUUCCUUGUGGGCAUAUGGUGAGGGAGCUAUGUAGCUUUUUAUCCUCGUAGCUGUCUUAUUUAGGAAAAAACCAGGAGACAGGUUUGUCUGACAUAGUUCCCAGCUUGACUUUUCCCUUGGCUUAGUGGUUUUGGGGUCCUGAUACUUACUUUGCUUUCACAGGAUGUAUUAGUGAUUUAAAUAAAAAGUGAGACGCAACUUGUGGAGAGAGGGAAUGUACUAUGAGAGAGAGCUAAAUAUUCAUCUUCCAUAAUAAAUGCUCAACAGAUAACUAAAAAAAAAAGAAAUGGCAUGUAUGUAUAUAUAGAACAUACACACGUAUUUUAUAUAUGUAUAUAUGUAUGUAUAUAUAACAUACAGCCUAUUUCUAUACACGUCACUAGAAAUAUGAAGGUAAGUUUAAGAAGAAACUGAAGAGGUAAAAGUGGUCUCUAGGCAGAACUCAGGUAGAGGAGGUGAGACAUUGAAUUGUUCUUCAUAUUUGGUUUAAUGGAACUGUUUGCUUUUUAAAAAAAUUAUACACACAUAAUUUUGUGUUACACAACUAUAUGUACAACACAUAUGCAACACAAAAGUUGUAUAUUAGGGGCCCCUUAUAUGGAGUGUGUAAAAACAUUGCUGUCACCAAGGUAGUGAUUAUUUGCAUCAUUUCUUAACUACUUCAUUCUGAUUGUCACUAAAUAAUUUGGGAAAAAUCUCUCUCCUCUUGAGUUAUUAAAUGUUUGGCAAUAGGUAGGUGUGGUUUUUCUCUUCCUGUCUUAUCUAGUAUUUAAAUAUUCAAAUUUAAUGCAGCACGUAUUGAGUUUCUAAUAUGAGCAUAUAUAGAUUGCAGUGUGCAGGGGUCUCAGAGCCACUACCAGUGGAUUGGAAGUCUAUAGAAUAUUUGCAGUCUAGUUGAGAAGAUAAGGUACUCAUCCAUAAAAAUUUGAUAAUAGGCCAGGCACCGUGGCUCACUCCUGUUAAUUCUAGCACUUUGGGAGCCCAAGGUGGGUGGAUCGCAUGAGCUCAGGAGUUCGAGACCAGUCUGGGCAACGUGGCGAAACCCCAUCUCUACCACAAAUACAAAAACUUAGCCGGCUAUGGUGGUGGGUGCCUGUAGUCCCAGCUACUUGGGGGGUUGAGGCCGGAGGAUUGCUUAAACCUGGGAGGUCGAGGUUGCAGUGAACCAAAUUGCGCCACUGUACUCCAGCCUCAGUGACAAAGUGAGACAUUGUCUUAAAAAUAAAAUUAAUGCGGCAGGUGUUGAGUUUCUGAUAUGAACAUAAAUAGCACUGUACAGGGCUCUCAGAGCCACUACCAGUAGAUUGGAGUUCUGUAGAAUAUUUACAGUCUAGUUGGGAAGAUAAGGUACUCAUAUUAAUACAUGAAUAUUUGAUAAAAGGGCAGGCCUGGUGGCUCAUGCCUGAAAGUCCAACACUUUGGGAGACCAAAGCGGGAGGAUCACUUGAGCCCAUGAGUUCACGAGACCAGCCUGGGCAACAUGGUGAAACCUCGUAUCUACAAAAAUAGAAAAAUUAGCUGGGCAUGAUGGCGUGUGCCUGUAGUCCUAGCUACUUGGGAGGCUGAACGUGGUAGGAUUGCUUCAGCCUGGGAAGUAGAGGUUGCAGUAGGCUGAAAUUGCACUAUUGCACUCCAGUCUGGGCCACAGAGUCAGACCCUAUCUCUAAAAAAAAAAAAAAAAAAAAAUUGAUAAUAGAUGGCAGUGCCAGGCAGGACAGAUUAGCAGCAAAAUAAGCAGUACAGAAAAUAAGUGCUUCAAGGGUUGAUUACUGGCUGGCUGUGGUGGAUCAGGCCGUAAUCCCAGCACUUUGGGAGGCUAAGGUGGGUGGAUUGCCUGAGCUCAGGAGUUCGAGACCAGCCUGGGCAACAUGACAAAACCCCAUCUCUC